UGAUGCACCACGGGAGCGCCGCGCGGGCGGGCAUGGAGGAGAGUGGCGAUUCUGAGCCCACCCCGGGCUGUAGUGGUCUGGACUCGGGCGGCGUUCGCGAUGGCGGCGGCGUUCACAAGUGGACUCCGGCGGACGCCUGGAUGAGCACCCACCCGAAGUAUUUAGAAAUGAUGGAAUUAAAUAUUGGAGAUGCCUCUCAAGUUUAUAUAGCAUUCUUGGUUUACCUGGACCUCAUGGAGAGUAAAAGUUGGUAUGAAGUAAAUUGUGUGGGAUUACCUGAACUUCAGCUCAUCUGCCUGGUUGGUACUGAGAUAGAAGGGGAAGGGUUACAGACUGUGUUGCCUACACCCAUCUCUGCUUCCCUCAGCCAUCAAAGGAUAAGGGACAUCUUGAAGGCAUCUCAGAAACUGCGAGGGAAUCCGGAUUUGCCGAUGUCUUUCACUCUCGCCAUCGUGGAGUCUGAUUCUACAAUAGUCUAUUAUAAACUCACUGACGGGUUUAUGCUGCCAGACCCUCAGAAUAUUACCCUUAGAAGAUGACAUCUGUACUUCUCAACACUUUAUUCAUAAAAGAUUGAAUUUCAGACCCAUUUAACUGCUUUAUCUUUUAUCUCGGACAUAGUCAGAGUCGAUUUAGCUCUUCUCAUUCCAUAAGUUUUCUUUCUGAAGAAUAAAACUUUUUCAGAUAAAAGAUUUUGUAUUGCUUAAAACCAUAGAGUUGUUGCUCUAGAACUCUUAUUAGAGACAGUUUAGUUACAGUUGUACUCAUAUUUAUGCUGAGGAUGUGUUCAGAGGGGUGGAACCGCUGUACCUCUUCCUCACCCACACUCAGCUGCUGCUGCUGGCUCGUCAUUGAAACCACCACCUCUUCCCUUACUCUGCUCUCCCAGCGCCUUCUGACCUCUGUAGCUAGCUUGAGCUGGCACUUCAUGUAUAUUGUGAAAUGUGGAGAGUUUAUUUCUGCCUGCUUUUCCAUCUUUUGUAUAAAGUAAAAGAUUUAUUUGAGUGGGUUUGUUUUUCUGUUGCACUUACUGUUAUUUCCCUCUUGAGUUGAUUUUAAAUCAGAAUUGAAAAUAUGCUUGUCAAUAGUGUAAAUCCACAUGUCGGCAUUAAUAGGGACCAGAGAAGUGCUUACCUAUGAGAGUGCCAGGCCUUCCUUUCCGUCCUGUCACCUCCAUCCAUAUUAUAUCAUAGCUUGAAUAUUAUAAGAGAGUGAGGGACAGUUUCAGCAUUAAAAAUGUCUUUUGUCAAUUAGACCCAGUUAUUCCUCUUUUGUUAAUAUCCAAGUAUGAAAAUAAUAUGCACAAAAACUUUCCAAACAGUAUUGUUUUGUAACUCAAAUUAUGAAUCACUUGAAGUUUAGAACAGGAGUCAAGUGUGAGGCUGUACUUUGUCAUCCCCUGGUCAAGGUAAAUAGUCAGUAAACAGAUCUAUGAAAGGUAUAUUAUGUACUCAUUAAAAUUAUGUAAUCCUGGCUGCAAGUAACUCACCAAGUACAUGUUAGAAUGUGACAAAGUGGGUGAAAUUACUAACUGGUUAUAGUAGGAUGGCAGAGCAAUGAAUGGAAAACUUUAUCUUUCCUCAAUAUUUUAGCUUUUACUUAUGUUACUUUUAUAAUGAAAUAUUUUAAAAUAAAAAUACCUCAAAAUCUG